AUGACCUAUCGCAUCACUUUGGACCUGCUUUUCAAGUCACAGACAUUUAUCCCCAAUUACAAGUGUGAUCCUCACAGGAGACAUCUAGCACUCAUUGGGGGGAUCAGCCCUGACAUCUCCUCCUAUGUGGCAGAGAUCUUAAGUCUGUACAAGAUUCCACAGCUCACAUAUGGAUCGUUCCCUAUGCGACGAAGUAAUAUGGUACAGACAUCUUCCUUUUACCACACAGUCUCCAAUGAAGGUCAUCAGUAUACAGGGAUUAUCUAUUUACUUAAACAUUUUGGAUGGACCUGGGUUGGACUGUUGGCUGGAGAUGAUGAAAGUGGAGAACGUUUCUUGGAAAAGCUGGAGUCAUUAUUUGUCCAAAAUGAAAUUUGUUCAGCCUUUGUACAAAGAAUGCCAGUUGAUAGCCGGUUCCCUGAACUCAAAGAACUGGAGGUUAUUUCUGCAAAUAUUAAUGCUUUCUACUCAGAUGAGAAAGUUAAGACUCUUGUUGUCUAUGGUGAAACUUUAACUAUUAUGUGGCUAAGCACUGGGUUAUUUUUGGCUGGUGUUAACUAUACGGAAAAAGUGUGGAUUAUGACAGGCCAGAUUGAUUUUGCUGCAACAGCCCUUUCAAAGGAUUGGAAAUUUGAAUUAUUCCAGGGUACCCUUCUUUUUGCAAUCCACUCCAAUGAAUGUGAAGAGUUUCAGAUCUACCUUCAAAAUAUAAAACCAGACAAGGCAGAACCUGAUGAUUUUUUCAAGGAGUUCUGGUCACAAGCCUUUGGGUGUUCAGUUCCAGCUGCAGGGAACCUAAUAGAGGCUCCCAAAUUUUGUAGUGGGACCGAGUCCUUUAGUGAUCUUCCCGGGGGUCUGUUUGAAACGGUCAUGACUGGCCAUAGCUACAGCAUCUACAAUGCAGUCCUUGCCGUGGCCCAUGCGUUACACAGCAUGGAUUUAUCUAGAUCAAAAUACAAAGCAUUCAGGAGUACAAAACGUCUUGAGGAGAUAAACCCUUGGCAGCUUCACCGCUUCCUUCAGACCAUUUCAUUUAACAAUACAGUUGGAGAAACGGUGUCCUUUAAUGAUAAUAAGGAGAUGGGAUCUGGAUUUGAUAUAAUAAACAUGUUCAUUUUCUCUAAUAACUCCUUCCACAAAGUGAAGGUUGGAAGGGUGGGGACCAAGGAUACUCAAGGAAAGAAAUUUAUCAUUGAGGACGACAAGAUUAAAUGGCAUGGAAGCGUUAACCAAGUCCAUCCUCUUUCCUUGUGUAAUGAUUACUGUCAGCCCGGUUAUCAAAAGAGAAAAGAAGAAGGAAAGAAAUUUUGCUGCUACACAUGUGCUUGGUGUCCAGAAGGGAAGAUCUCCAACAAAAGAGCCCAGGGCCACGAAAAGGAUCAGUGUUUUCCCAAAGUGAUCGUUUUUUUGUCCUAUGAAGAACCUUUGGGCAUCUCCUUAGCUGCAAGCACCAUCUUAUUUUUCUCAGUCACAGCUGUGGUAUUAAAAAUAUUCCACCUGCACAAAGAUAGUCCCAUAGUCAAAGCCAACAAUCGGGACCUCACCUACGCUCUCCUCAUCUCUCUUCUGCUCUGCUUCCUCUCGCCUUUCCUAUUCCUUGGUAAGCCCAAGGUACUGACAUGCUUCCUCCGGCAACCAGCCUUUGGCAUCAUCUUCUCACUGGCAGUUUCCUGCGUGUUGGCUAAAACCAUCACGGUGGUGGUAGCUUUCAUGGUCACCAAGCCAGGAUCCAAUAUGCGGAAGUGGGUGGGGAAGAGGCUCACCACUUUCAUCAUCCUUUCCAGCUCUUCUGUCCAAGUAGGCAUUUGUGCUGUAUGGCUAGCAAUCUCUCCCCCAUUCCCCAAGUUGGAUAUGGACUCACUGACCACUGAGAUAGUAGCAGAGUGUAAUGAAGGAUCGGUGACUAUGUUUUAUCUAGUCUUAGGCUACAUGGGACUUCUGUCCAUCAUCAGCUUCAGUGUUGCUUUUCUAGCUCGCAAAUUGCCAGAUACUUUUAAUGAAGCCAAAUUCAUCACCUUCAGCAUGCUGGUCUUCACGAGUGUUUGGUUGUCCUUUGUUCCUACCUACCUGAGCACCAAAGGAAAAUACAUGGUAGCUGUGGAGAUCUUCUCCAUCUUGGCUUCCAGUGCUGGGCUUUUGGGAUGCAUCUUUUUCCCCAAAUGUUUCAUAAUUGUGCUGAAGCCUGAGUUGAACAACAAGGAGAAGGUCAUGAGAAGAAUUAAAACAUAA